AUGAAGCCGGCGGCAGGCGGCACGGCCGAGCACGCCCACGCGCCGUCCUCGCCGCGCGCGGCCCAGCGCCGGCGCCUCGUGGUCGUCCUCGCCCCGCUGCUGCUCUUCCUCGCCGCCGCGCUCUCCUUCCCCUCCGCGCUACGCCUCCCGGCCCUGCGCUUCCCGCCGCGCGCGCCCCGCCACCACCGCGCUCUCCCUCGCUCUCCGGCGCGCCGGGGCGGGCGCGUGGCGGUGUGCCUGGUGGGCGGGGCGCGGCGGUUCGAGCUGACGGGCCCGUCCAUCGCGCGGCACGUGCUGGGCGCGCCGGCGCUCGACGGCCGCGCGGUCGACGUGUUCCUGCACAGCCCGCUCGACGCCGACGCCUACAAGUUCUCCCUCCUCGCGCGCGCCGUCGGCGACGACGACACGACGACGCUCGCCGCCGUGCGCGUGUUCCGGCCGGCGCCCGUGGAGGAGACCCCCGACCGCGCCCGCGUCCUCACCGCCGCCAACUCCCCCAACGGCAUCCAGGGCCUGCUGCAGUACUUCGGGCUGGUGGAGGGGUGCCUGGACCUCAUCCGGGAGCGGGAAUCCCGAGGCAACUUCACGUACGCGUGGGUCCUCCGAACCCGGGUCGACGGCUACUGGACGGCGCCGCUCACGGCCGCCGACGCGCUCCCGCGCUCCGACGCCGUCUACGUCGUCCCGGAGGGCUCCUCGUUCGGCGGCCUCAACGACCGGCUCGGCGCCGGGCGGCGGGCGGCCUCGGCGGCCGCGCUGUCCCGCGUGUCCAUGCUGCCCCGGCUGGACGCGGCCGGGUACAGGGACCUCAACUCGGAGGCGUCCUUCAAGGCGCAGCUGGAGGUGGCCGGCGUCAAGCCGCUGGAGCGGCGGAUGCCCUUCUGCGUGCUGAGCGACCGCCGGUACGAGUUCCCGCCGGCCGGGUUCGGCGUGCCGGUGGCGUCGAUGGGCAGCCCCGGCCCGCUCAGCGGCGCCAAGUGCCGUCCGUGCCGCCGCCCCGUGGCCUGCGGCGGCGCCGGGGAUGAUGAUGAUGAUGAGGAGGAGUGCGCGGUGGCGAGGCUGGACCGCGCGUGGAGCUGGACCGAGUGGCGGAACGGGACGCUGGAGCUGUGCGACGCGAGCGGGCCGUGGGAGCGCGGGUGGGAGGAGGUGUUCGACAUGGCCGCCGGCGAGGAGGCGGCCGCGGAGCGGCGGAGGGUCGCGGGGAUGGGGCUGGAGGAUUGCGUGGCGGAGAUGGAGGCGCUCAGGGCGCGGACCGAACGCUGGGACGCGCCGGGCUCCGACGAGAUCUGCCGCCUGGGGCUCGCGCCGGCGAGCCGCUCCGGCUCGACCUCGUCCUCCGACUCGUCUGCUUCCUCGUCGGACGGAGACGGUAAAAAACAGCUGAUCGAACAGCCUUGACUUGUUUCUUGUGCUUGGGCGAACAUUUGUACAAAAUCUAUACAGGGAUAAAUUAGCGAUGUAUAGAAUCAGCUGAGCUCGAAAGUCCUGCUUGUAAGUAAUUUGUAACGGCGGGAGCUUCGCGGGCAUUUUGCGUGUGAAUAGCUUCAUUUUGCGCGGGAACACAGUAACUCAACGAGAUGUCUAAAUUCCGAACCAUC